GUCUACUACCAUUUUGCUCCGAAACCUGGUGUUGGAGGAAAAGUUAGCUUACUGCUCAUUCCGAACUGGACUAUAAGACCGCGUUCUUAUCGACCUGCUCGUGCCCGCAGAGAUGGAUCACAAGUCAGCAAGAGCAGGGAUCGGCCAUGUCAGAGCAACAACAGACAGUGAUGUGGCACGUCCGUCGAAACGAUCUCCCUCAAGCAUGAUCGUCAUAAAACUUGGUUGGUUGUCUCGAGCACUGCGCUGGUGCAUGGUCACUAAGGUCGUGCUAGUCAGUUCUGGGGCGAUCGGAGUUGGCCUACGGACGAUGGACAUCCCUCAGAGACCAAAGAGUUUAUCGAAGAAACAGGCUCUCUCCGCGGUCGGGCAAGGACGACUGAUCGCACUCUGGGACAACCUCUUCGGACAGUUCGAUCAACGAAUAGCACAGAUUCUGCUGACAAGGGGUGAUAUCUCUGAUCGCACCAGAUAUUUGAAUGCCGUCAACACACUCAAAGAACUGCUCUCUAUGGGCGUCGUACCGAUCGUUAAUGAGAACGACACGAUCUCAGUCAGCGAAAUCAAAUUCGGAGACAACGACACGCUGUCCGCUAUAACGUCUUCUAUGAUCCACGCAGAUUAUCUGUUUCUGCUUACGGACGUCGAUGGGCUGUACACUGCAAAUCCUCGAAAAGAUCCCGCCGCUAAAAAGAUCGAUAUUGUUACUUCCGUGGCAGACAUCCGAGCUCAAGUUAGUACAUCCACCCUGGGAUCUAAUCUGGGUACCGGUGGGAUGGAAACGAAACUGAUCGCUGCGGAAAUCGCGACUGGCGCGGGCGUCACCACCAUCAUAACGUCGAGUAAAAUGCCGUCGACGAUCGUUGAUAUCAUCGACUACUACACAACUUUGCGACUUUCGUCGCGCCCGUCAUCUGGGACGUCUAGCCCAGCUCCGAAACUGCAAACCAUCGAUCUAGAGCACGUGAACGUCUCGCUGAACCCGAGGAGACCUCCCCACACAGUUUUCAAACCAUCUCUAGUUCCCGUCCGCGACCUCAAGGCAUGGACGAGCCAUACGUUAUACCCUGCCGGCGGCGUGAUCAUAGACUCAGGAGCACAUGCCGUGUUAUCCCGCAGAGAAUCAGGGGGUCGUUUGCUCCCAGCUGGGGUUCUCGGUGUUCGCGGAUCUUUUGCAUCUGGACAGGCUGUCCGGGUUCUCAUACGAUGUUUACCUGAAGGCGUGGUUCCGGAAAAGAGCGAAAAGAGAGCACGUUCGACGGGACCGGACGAGAAGACCGGUCACGUGUAUUCGGAGGUUUCCUUAUCGCGAACGAGCUCGUCGUCUUCUUUGGUCGGCGAUCUGGAGUCCGAUACACAGACGAUCAUGGACGAUGACAUGCAUGCGAUGCAUGGAUCUGAAGAGAGCGACUCGUGGGAGGUAAAAGAGGUUGGGCGAGGUCUUGCUAAUUAUAAUUCGGCACAAAUAUCUCGAGUGAAAGGGCUGAACAGUUCUCGCAUCCCACAGCUUCUCGGGUACGCGGAUACGGAGUACGUUGUAGAAAACAUCACGAUCAGGAUACCGGUGUGAACUAGCUGUGGCUGUGUAGAUUACUUAGGGACCGCCCGUAGCGGAUAUUUUGACCACCGGAUUUU